CACACACGUCGCACCUCCUCAAGGCCCAUGUUGCACCACACAGAGGAGGACGAGGAGCGAGAGCCGGGAGGCCGUUAACACGAGCGCAGUCUUUAAGUGCAUCGUUAUGAGCUGGAUGUUGUUGUCCUUUUUACUCAGCAUCGACCCCACGCAGAGGCUGCUCAAUAUCUUCACGGCUCAGACUUUUUAUCAGCGAACGUCUCUUUAUGCACACUUAACUGCUGGUCCCGCAGGACGUCUUUAAAGCUGCUGCACACCCUGCUUUUAAAGUUCUGGAUCGUGCAUUUUGGUUUCUCAGAUGCUCCACCAGGGCAACAGGGAAUAAAGAAAACCCCCUCUGUGUGUCAGAGAGCCUUUGUAUGCAGCAUGCAGACAUGAGCACACAAUGAGAAGUGGAAGUGGUGCGUCUGUGCUUCCAAAGAGGCCUCCAUUCAGAUGUUGGUGUCUUUGGAAACAUGUCGCCGCUCUGGGCCGACGCCUGCUGCGUUUAGCAUGUGUUUCGCCUGUGCUAACACGGCACAGAGGCGGAUUGUGGCUGGAUGCGGAUGGUGGGAGGACGGCCGGCUUGUUGUGGCAGGUCUUUAUUCUCCGACCCCCCCCUCGUCCCAUUCAAGGCUGACUUGGGCUCGUGGUGCUAACUGGCUGUUAAUUGCCUGGGCUUUCUCCACAUGCAGAAACUGGCCUCUUCAAGGGAAACUGGCCUAAUGAGAUUAUCUAUCAGAGCAUGGGCCUGUCUAGACAUCCCAAUACACAACACCCCCACCCAGCAGCAGCAGCAGCAGCAGCAGCCUCUGCAGCCCUGCAGGCUUCAGGGGACGCCCUCAGGUAAAAGUUACCUGCAGAAAGAGUGCAUGUUGUCAUCACACCAUCAUGGGUUUACACAGUUUCCCUCCCACUGUGUCAUUUCUGUGACGGAGAGUAAAAGUGAUUUUAAUUCUGGUUUCAGAUCAGCAUGGAGGACGUGUGGGUUGAUAAGAGGGGCGGUCAGACCCUGAGAAAGGAGACUCCUGCGGCGUACACACAGGAUUAUCUCACUUACCCCACACUGUAUUUAUAUCAGCUGCGUCAAACGUUUUCUGUUAGGUAUUUAACAUGUUGCACAAACACAUUAAAUGUCAUUUUCGUGUGCACUUAUGUCUGUGUGAAUGGUAUUUACACACACUGUGGUGCCGCCGCCAGCCUUGAACUGCAGCAUGGAAGUGCGUCCAUAUUUGUUUUAAAGUCUCUUAGCAGUUAAUAAAGAUGCGUUUCCUCCGUCCCCCUUCCUGUGGGGACGGUAUCAAGGCUCUGUUAAGUCUCUUUGAUUUCCAGCAGCCUCCAAUCACAGCAGGCCACUGACUCAUCAUUGUGCCACUUCAAAGCCUGGGAAUGGUUGCCUUGACCCCACCCACCCUGUGGCUCCCCUUAAAAGUCUUGGUCACCCCUUCCUGCAGGAAUAUCUGCUGCAACCAGACCGACUGAACCUCUGGCUCCCUGAGCUGCUGGAUUUCUUCUUCUCUUUUUAUUGCACAUGGAGGGAGAGCAGAGCUGAAGAGACACUUGGAUAUUGCUUGGAUUUCUUAUUUCUUAAUCUUUUCUUGUUAUUCAGUGCAUGAAGCUUGUCCUACUGCUGAGCCUGAAGCAUGCAGUCCAUCAGAGACUUGAAGCCAAACUUCAGCGGCCCUCCUCCUUCCUCUAUGGCUGCUGGCCCUGAUGCGUAUCUCCAGGGCAACAUCAGGAUGACUCUGGAGGACCCUGAACUCUGGAAGACCUUCCAUGAAAUAGGGACUGAGAUGAUCAUCACUAAACCGGGCAGGAGGAUGUUUCCACACUGUAAAGUAAAUCUUUCUGGCCUCAUUCCAUGUGCCAAGUACAUCUUGCUGGUUGACAUGGUGCCUGAGGAUGGUUUCAGGUACAAGUGGAAUAAAGAGAAAUGGGAGGUGGCAGGAAAAGCGGAGCCCCAGCCUCCCUGCAGGACUUACCUCCACCCCGACUCUCCGGCCCCGGGGAGCCACUGGAUGAAGCAGUCCGUGUCCUUCCUCAAGCUCAAGCUCACCAACAAUACGCUGGACCAGCACGGACACAUCAUUUUGCACUCCAUGCACCGCUACCACCCGCGCUUCCACAUCGUCCAGGCGGACGACCUCUUCAGCGUCCGCUGGAGUGUCUUCCAGACCUUCACCUUCCCUGAGACUUCCUUCACAGCAGUCACGGCCUACCAGAACACAAAGAUUACAAAGCUGAAGAUCGACCACAACCCGUUUGCAAAAGGUUUCCGCGAUGAAGGCACGAAUAAAAAACGGCGUGCAAACAAGAACCCAGCCUGCCUCGACAAACGAGCCAGGAUGUCAGACGGUUUGAACCGGGACUCUGAGGAGGACAGUCCACCAGAUUUCUGCCGGUCAUCUUACGAGGGUUACGACGGCGAGGAAGGAGACCUGCCCAAAAGGAAAGAGGGCGACGUUGUCAAAGAGGAGCGUUAUUCCCCGUGGGCUGCAGAGAGGGAGCACAGUGCGAGGACCGAGUCUCCCGCUGGGGCAGACCACAGGGACAUGUACAACACGGAGCAGCUCGUACCUGCCCCGGCUUCCUACCAGCCGUACAGGUUCCACGAGUACGGAAAGUCGCCCUCCCCCUCCUCCAGCGUCGGCAGCAGCAACAGCGGAUCAGGACGCUUUGAGCCCAGAGUCCCCGACGUCGCCACCGUCCCCGAUCAUGACUCUUCAAAGCCCCGUACACAUGAGAUUGGCCCUUCCCCCUGCGGCCCCCAGCACCUCCCCGGCCCCCAGGACUACACCGGGGUCCUCAACAUGACCAUGGCCCAGGCCAGCAAGCCGGGGGUCAUCGGCCACCACAUCUACAGUCCGUACGGCGCAGAGCAGCCCCUGGGCCAGUGGAGUGGCCCCGCCCCCGCCCAGUAUCCCCCUCCGCACCACCUGACCGCCGACUACACCACGCAAGCUGUGCACCACGGCUAUCACCAUGGCAACGUGGCCGAGUGGAGCCAGUACCCGCUGUUCUCUUACUCCUGCUGGUGAAGGGAUCCGCUGUGUUCACGGACUGCAGAGACCAGAGACAACAACAGAACCAGACCUUCAGUUCAGACCGGCAGGAACUCAGACUCAGACUGAAGUGUGCUGCUCCACGCUGACUGCUUGUUUUAUCAUUGAAUUGUCUAUUUAUUUUCAUCUCAUCUCACAUGUGGAAAUAUUAUUUUUAUAAAAAAAAAUAAAAGAAGAAGAAGGAGAGAUUAAAACAUAAGUGUGCAAUUUAUGUCUUUAAAUGGUGAUGUGAAAAUAAAAACAA